AUGGGACUACACAGUGUCGAGGAGCUGGUGUCGGGGAAGAGGUCAGAGGGCAAAGAGGCGGCGGACUUCCAGGGCGGCGAGUACGAGGCGGCGGUGGGCCAGGAGAAGCAGGACGACCGGCGCUCCCACAGCGAGCUGCUGGAGGAGCAGGAGGAGCAGGAGGAGCAGGAGGAGGUCAGCGUGGCCGCGCUCAACACGGACAGGAGCGGCCGGCUGAAGCUGGAGACGGUGGACGACCUGUUCAACAUCCUGCAGCUGAGGAAGAGGAGGCGGGAGAGGAAGACUCCGGCCCAGAAGAAGCCUCAGCCGGAGCCCGAGAGCCUGCCAGAGAUGGUGGACGAGCAGCUGUUUCUCUCUGCAGUCUUGGAGAACAAACUUCCUGUGGUGGAGAAGUUCCUGAGUGACGGAGGAAACCCCAACGCAGCAGACCACUUCCAGAGGACAGCUCUUCACAAAGCCUCGUUCAAAGGCCACGUGGACGUCAUGAAGAGCCUCCUGGAGGCCGGAGCCACCAUCCACCAGAAGGACAAGCUGGAGGCCACAGCGGUCCACUGGGCCUGUCGCGGAGGCAGCCUGCCGGCGCUGCAGCUCCUCCUCCACCAGGGAGCCCAGAUCUCCUCCAGAGACAAGCUCCAGAGCUCUCCCCUCCACGUGGCCGUCAGGACGGGACACUGUGAGUGUGCUGAACAUCUGAUCCACUGUGGAGCAGACGUCAACGCUAGAGACAGAGACGGAGACACGCCCAUGCACGACGCUGUGAGGAUCAACAGGUUCAAGAUGAUCAAGCUGCUGAUGAUGUACGGAGCCAGACUCAACACCAAGAACUCUGAUGGAAAAACCCCCCUGGAGACCCUGACCUCAUGGCAGAAUGGAGCCAAGAGCCUCCUGUGCAACUUCAGCGCCGAGCAGCCCAAACCAGUCGAGCAUGACACAUUCCAGUAAAACCAGGAAUUCAUCCCAAGAACUCAGCCUCAGUAUCUGCUGGCUUUUCAGGAAAAACGUGUUUUCUAGCAAAUUCUAGUCAUUUCCAAACAUCCAUACAUGUGUUUGUCCAGCGAGGCUGUGCUGAGGGUUCACAGAUAUCGGCCUCCUCGGGGAUCUGAAGUUGUCUCAGCUGCAGCGUUUGGGUGCUGGAAGAUAUCUUAACUCGUAGAGCGUUAGUCGUUA